AAAAAAAAAAAAAAAAAAAACGCGACUUGAUCGAUAAUCCUGUAAUAACAAAGGUUGAUCCACGGUUCAAUUGCGUUCUUGUUUGAUAGGCUCCCGUCUCGCGCGCUGUUGCCGCCCGUCCUGCCACCGCCAUGGCCGUUCGCAGCUUCACCGCUCCCUCGGCCCCUUUGAUGCAGGAUCUCCUCAAGGACUUGUACAUCAAGGAGCUCAAGGCCUACAAGCCUGCCCCUGAUGCCAAGGGCGCAGAUGCCUCUUCCCAGGUCAAGGACUUCAAGGCCCCUGUUGCCCCCGCUACCCCCUCAAUUGAUGCUGCUGCUGAUCUUGCUGCCUGGGAGACCGCCAACACCGAGAUUGCUGAGGCUGUCUCUGAGGAGGCCGUUGAGGAGGAGGAAGAGGAGGAGGAGAUCGAAGAGGAGGAGGAACACCACCAUUAAGGAUAAAAAAAUUGGUUAUCUCUCUCCUCUCUCCCGAUCUCUCUCCCUGCAUCCUCAUUACUUGACCUUGCUUCGCCCCUCCAGACAUUUUCUACUCGAUCGAUAAAAAAAAAAAAGCUGGUCUUCAAUCCCUGUAAAGACUUAAACUUACACUCCCCUCUACUUUUGCUUACAGAAAAAAAAAAAAGAAAAA